AUGGAUUGCAGUAAUACUGAAGUAGAGAGCAGGGCCCCACUGUGCAGUCCCGGCCCUAGAGAGCUUGCAGGGCGAGUGGAAAGGGGAAGCCAGCGGAAAGGUGAUGACUUGCCCACUGGCCCGCAGCAGACCGUGGAACAUGGGUUCCCCAACCAGCCGAGCUCUCUGGCCUACGACCCCAAGCUGCGAAUUAUGGCCGUUGGCACCAAAUCGGGAGCUGUGAAAGUAUACGGCGCUCCAGGAGUGGAGUUCACUGGCUUGCACAAGGAGACUGCUGCCGUCACGCAGAUACACUUUUUGCCUGGACAGGGUCGGCUGCUGUCCUUGCUGGAUGACAACACCCUGCACCUGUGGGACAUCGACCAGAAGGAUGGCUAUUCGCACUUGGAGGAGACCCGCAGCUUCAUCCUCCCGGGCCGACCAGGAUUCGACAGCACUAACUCUCCUCCCAGCAUUACCCGGGUGACGGUGAUCCUGCUGAAAUCUGCCUGCGAUGUGGCCUGCCUGGGCACAGAAGGGGGUGGUGUGUACUUCCUGGAGCUCUCUGGCUUAACGCUGCUGGAGGAUAAAACCCUGUAUCAAGAGGAGAUCAUGCAGAGCGUGCCAGACGACUACCGCUGCGGGAAGGCUCUUGGGCCAGUGGAGUCGCUGCAGGAACACCCUCAAGACUUCUCCAAGAUCCUGAUUGGCUAUAGCAGGGGGCUGGUGAUCGUGUGGGACCAGAGCACCAGAAAUGUCCACCACCUCUUCCUGGGCAAUCAGCAGCUGGAGAGCCUUGGCUGGGAACGGAGCGGCAGGACGGUGGUGAGUUCGCACAGCGAUGGAGGUUACAUGGUGUGGUCCAUCAACAGUAGCUGCCAUAAGACUCUGCAGCCACUCAUGUCAACUAUCCCCUAUGGUCCGUUUCCCUGUAAAGCCAUCAACAAAAUCCUGCGGAGAACCUGUGACUCUGGAAAUCACUUCAUCAUCUUCAGCGGGGGCAUGCCCCGCGCCAGCUACGGGGACCGGCACUGCGUCAGCAUCCUGCAGGGCCAGAGCCUGGUCACCCUGGACUUCACGUCGCGUGUGAUCGACUUCUUCACCGUGCACCACACGGAGCCGGAGGAGGAGUUCGAUAACCCAAGUGCCCUGGUGGUCCUGGUGGAAGAGGAGCUGGUGGUCUUCGACCUGAAGACGCCCGGCUGGCCUACGGUUCCUGCCCCCUACCUGGCGCCCCUCCAUUCCUCCGCCAUCACCUGCUCCUAUCACAUCUCCAACGUCCCCCUGAAGCUGUGGGAGCGGAUCAUCAGUGCUGGAGAGCAGCAGAGCCCCCGGCAUUCUUCUGUGAACUGGCCGAUCAGCGGAGGGAAAAACUUAGCCCAAGAACCCACCCAGAGAGGCCUUCUUCUCACGGGGCACGAGGACGGCACGGUCCGCUUCUGGGACGCCUCGGGGGUGUCGCUGCGGCCGCUGUACAAACUGGGCACGGCCAACAUCUUCCAGACGGACUGCGAGCACAGCGACUGCCUCAACCCGGCCAGCGAGGAGGAGUGGCCUCCCUUCCGCAAGGUUGGCUGCUUUGAUCCGUACAGCGACGACCCCCGGCUGGGCAUCCAGAAGAUUGCGCUGUGUAAAUACACGGCCCGGAUGGUGGUGGCUGGGACUGCCGGGCAGGUGCUCGUCAUGGAGCUGAGUGACGAGAAGUCGAAUCACAUGAUCAGUGUGGCCAUGGUGGACCUGCUGCAGGACCGGGAGGGCUUCACCUGGAAGGGGCACGACCGGCUCACCCCCAAGAAUGGCUCCAUCACCUUCAGCCCAGGCUUCCAGCCCAGCGUGUUGGUGCAGUGCAUGCCGCCGGCCGCCGUCACGGCCGUCACGCUGCACUCCGAGUGGAACCUGGUGGCCUUCGGCACCAGCCACGGCUUCGGGCUCUUCGACUAUUACCGACGCAACGCGGUGCUGGCCAGGUGCACGCUCCACCCCAACGACUCCCUGGCCAUGGAGGGGCCCCUCUCCCGAGUGAAGUCGCUGAAGAAGUCCCUGCGCCAGUCCUUCCGCAGGAUCCGCAAAAGCCGAGUCUCCGGCAAGAAGAGAGUUGGUGCCAACAGCUCCUCCAGCAAGGUGCAGGAAGCCAAUGCCCAGCUGGCCGAACAGGCCGGCCCCACUGACGUGGAGAUGACCCCCGUGCAGCGGCGGAUCGAGCCCCGGUCAGCCGACGACUCGCUCUCGGGGGUGGUGCGCUGCCUGUACUUCGCCGAUACCUUCCUCCGAGACGCCGCACACCACGGGCCCACCAUGUGGGCUGGGACCAACUCGGGCUCCGUGUUCGCCUACGCCCUGGAGGUCCCGUCCCAGGAGAAGUUCUCGGAGCGCUCGGUGGAAGCCCUGCUGGGCAAGGAGAUCCAGCUGAUGCACAGGGCGCCGGUGGUGUCGAUCGCGGUCCUGGACGGGCGAGGGAACCCUCUCCCGGAGCCCUACGAGGUGUCCCGGGACCUGGCCAAAGCCCCUGACAUGCAGGGCAGCCAUUCUGUGCUCAUCGCCUCGGAGGAGCAGUUCAAGGUGUUCACGCUGCCAAAAGUCAGUGCCAAGACCAAGUUCAAGCUGACGGCCCACGAGGGCUGCCGGGUGCGGAAGGUGGCGCUGGUGAGCUUCACCAGCCUGGCGUGCGAGGACUACACGGAGAAUUGCCUGGCGUGCCUCACCAACCUGGGGGACAUCCACAUCUUCACGGUGCCCGGCCUGCGGCCACAGGUACACUACGACUGCAUCCGCAAGGAGGACAUCAGCGGCAUCGCCUCCUGCGUCUUCACCAAGCACGGGCAAGGCUUCUACCUGAUCUCGCCUUCCGAGUUCGAGCGAUUCUCCCUGAGCGCCCGGAACAUCACAGAGCCGCUGUGCUCGCUGGAGCUCGUCCGGCUUCGCGGUACCGCCUGUCACAGCCCCAAUUUCACCGGGACACCGAAACUGACCCAGGCCAACGGGACUCACGUGCUGCAGGGCUCGGAGGCGAACGGCUCCCCCGGCGACAGCACCCGGACGCCUGAGGAACCCCAGGCUGCCUUCUCCCCGGCGCCCACCGACUCGCCGAGCAGCCCGGAGAGCCCCCUGGACACCACCGGGGACAUCACCGUGGAGGAAGUGAAAGAUUUCCUGGCCUCCUCGGAGGAAGCGGAGAGGAACCUGAGGAAUGUGAGCGAGGAGGAGGCCCGCUCUCCGGGGAUUCUGAUUAAAUGA